AUGUCGGACAUACCAAUCAAUUUUACCCAAUUGGCUCAGUUGACCCAAUUGGGCAUUCAGCAGCUGUCGCUUGAUUUUAAAUCCACCACCCUUGAAUCCGACCACUACAUCUGCGUUCGUGAACAGGGUCCACAGGGUAACACCGUGGCGAUCAUUGAUGCUGAAAACAAUUACGAUGUAACCCGUAAAAACAUGACAGCAGACAAUGCUAUUAUGCACCCAAAGGAGAACGUGAUUGCUUUGAGGGCCAACGGCACAGCGUUGCAAGUUUUCAAUUUGGGAACCAAGCAGAGAUUGAAGUCUCACACGCUAGACCAGCCUGUGGUGCUUUGGAAAUGGUUGACCGAUGAAGUGUUGGGUCUCGUCACCGCUUCCACCAUAUACACGUGGAAUAUUUUUGACGGCACGAACGACGGGCCUGUAAAACUUACUGACAGACACCACACACUUAACAGCUGCCAAAUUAUAAACUUUGUUGCAGAGCCUGAUCUAAAUUGGUUUGCCGUGACGGGCAUUGCCCAGGAGGAUGGCAGAAUUGCUGGCCACAUUCAGUUAUUUUCUAAAGCCAGAGGUGUGUCGCAAGCCAUUGAGGGCCAUGUGUCUCGCUUUGCCCAGAUCCAGUUGAGUGGUGCUCCUCACCCCACCAAGGUGUUCUGCAUUGGUAACAAGAAUGCCUCUGGCCAGGGCAACAUGCACAUCAUUGAGAUUGAUCAUGCCGAGGGUAACCCGCCUUUCCCUAAAAAGACGGUCGACAUUUUCUUUCCUCCAGAUGCUACAAAUGAUUUCCCUAUCUCGUUGCAGGCAUCCAACAAGUACGGAAUCAUCUAUAUCUUGACCAAGUACGGCUUCAUUCACUUAUAUGACAUUGAGACUGGCUCCAACUUAUUUGUCAACAGAAUCACUGCAGAACCCGUCUUCACUGCGGCUCCAUACAACCAAGGCACUGGUAUCAUCACCAUCAACAAGUCUGGUCAAGUUUUGGCUGUUGAAGUGGCUAAGGACAAGAUCAUCCCUUACGUGUUGGAGAAGUUGUCUGACGUACCUUUGGCAUUGUCUCUUUCUUCUCGUGGUGGCUUCCCUGGCGCAGAGAAUUUGUUCCAGCAGCAAUUUCAGAACUACUUGAGCCAAGGUGACUACAGCAACGCAGCGAAGGUCGCUGCAUCCUCCGAGCAAUUGAGAACACAGGACACUAUCAACAGAUUGAAACACAUCACCCCUCAGCCAGGCCAGAUCUCUCCAAUUUUGCAAUAUUUCUCCACUUUGUUGGACAGAGGUACUCUCAACAAAUACGAGUCUAUCGAGCUUGCCAAGCCCGUCUUGCAGCAAGACCGUAAGCCUUUGUUUGAGAAGUGGUUGAAGGAAGACAAGUUAACCUCAAGUGAAGAGUUGGGUGACAUCGUCAAGUCUUACGACACAGCUUUGGCUUUGGCUGUUUACGUCCGUGCGAACGUCAAUAUCAAGGUUGUUUCAUGUUUGGCUGAAUUGGGUCAGUUCGAAAAGAUUCUUCCUUACUGCCAAAAAGUUGGCUACAACCCUGACUAUACUAACUUGAUCCAAAACUUGGUUCGGGUCAGUCCUGACAAGGCUAGCGAGUUCGCUGUUUCCUUAUUGGCUAAUGGUGACGCCAACUUGAACAUUGAGAACAUUGCCGAUCUCUUCUUCUCCCAGAAUUACAUUCAGCAAGGUACCGCUUUCUUGUUAGAUGCACUCAAAAACGAUACUCCCUCUGAGGGUCACUUGCAAACAAAGGUAUUGGAGAUCAAUUUGUUACACGCUCCUCAGGUCGCUGAUGCCAUCUUGGGUAAUCAAAUGUUCAGUCAUUACGAUAAGCCAAGCAUUGGUAAGUUAUGUGAAAAGUCAGGUCUUUUCCAGAGGGCUUUGGAACACUACGAUGACUUGAAGGAUAUUAAAAGAGUGAUAGUUCACACAAAUGUGUUGCCUGCUGACUGGUUGGUAUCUUACUUUGGUCAGUUGAAUGUUCAGCAAUCGAUGGCCUGUUUGAACGAAUUGAUGUCCAACAAUUUACAACAGAACUUGCAGAUCGUCAUUCAGGUCGCCACCAAGUACUCUGAUCUUCUUGGUCCUCUUAACUUGAUCAAGCUUUUUGAAACCUACAAGUCCAAUGAGGGUAAGUACUACUACUUGUCAUCUAUUGUCAAUUUGACUCAGGAUCCAGAUGUGGUUUACAAGUAUAUUGAAGCUGCAAGCAAGUUGAACCAGACAAAGGAAAUCGAAAGAGUUGUCAGAGACAACAAUGUUUACAACGGCGAGAAGGUGAAAAACUUUUUGAAGGAAGCUAAUUUGGAGGACCAAUUACCUUUAAUCAUUGUUUGUGACAGAUUUAACUUUGUUCAUGAUUUGAUCUUAUACUUGUACAAAAACAAGUACUUCAAGUUUAUUGAGGUUUAUGUACAGCAAGUCAACUCUGCGAACACGCCACAAGUUAUUGCUGGUUUGUUAGACGUUGACUGUGAUGAAAAUAUCAUCAAAAACUUAUUGAUGUCUGUCUUGGGCAGAGUGCCGCUCAAAGAGUUGGUUGAAGAGGUCGAGAAGAGAAAUAGAUUGAAGAUCUUGCUUCCAUUUUUGGAGAAGACUUUGGAGGGUGGCUCCACUGAUCAAGAAGUUUACAACACAUUGGCAAAGAUUUACAUUGACUCCAAUAAUAGCCCAGAGAAGUUCUUGCAGGAGAACGACCAGUACGACACCUUGUCUGUCGGUAGAUACUGUGAGAAGCGUGAUCCUUACUUGGCCUACAUUGCUUACUCAAAGGGUGGAAAUGACGACGAGUUAAUCAAUAUCACCAACGAGAACAAGAUGUAUAAGUAUCAGGCGAGAUAUUUGUUGGCUAAGUCUGACUUCGAUUUAUGGGCCAAGGUGUUGAGACCCGAAAAUGAACACAGAAGACUGUUGAUUGAUCAGGUUGUCUCAACUGGUAUCCCAGAAUUGAGCGACCCUGAAGCAAUUUCCAUCACUGUCAAAGCUUUCAUGGAGAAUGACUUGCCACAAGAAUUAAUCGAACUCUUGGAGAAGAUUAUUUUGGAGCCAUCUCCUUUCAACGACAACACUUCAUUGCAAGGUUUGUUACUCUUAACUGCCAUCAAAGCCGAUCCAUCGCGCGUGGCCAACUACAUUGAAAAGCUUGAUAAAUUUGAUCCUAAUGAGAUUGCUCCCUUGUGUAUUGACAAUGACUUGCUCGAAGAGGCUUUUGAAAUUUACGAUAAGUUUGAACAAAGAACCGAUGCUAUGAAAGUGUUGGUUGAAGACAUCAUGUCGCUUGACAGAGGUGAACAGUAUGCUGAGAAGUACGACACACCUGAAUUGUGGUACCAAUUGGGUACUGCUCAAUUGAAUGGGUUGAGAAUUCCGGAGGCCAUUGACUCCUACAUCAAGUCUAAGAACCCACAGAAUUUUGAACAAGUUAUUGAGAUUGCCGAACGCGCUGGUAAGGAAGACGAAUUAGUCCCAUUCUUGGAUAUGGCUAGGGAGACUUUGAGAGAGCCGAUCAUCGACAACGCAUUGAUUAACUGUUAUGCGAAUGCUAACAGAUUAUCUGACAUUGAGAAGUUUGUCGCAGGUCCUAAUGUCGCUGUGUUGGAGGAUAUUGGUGACAAGUUGUUCGAAGCCAAAAACUACAAUGCCGCCAAGAUCUUAUACUCGAACAUUUCAAAGUACUCAAAGUUGGCUACCACAUUGGUGUAUUUGGAAGACUACCAGGCUGCAGUUGACUGUGCUAGAAAAGCUUCGAAUACUCAGGUUUGGAAACAAGUCAACAGCGCUUGUAUCGAAAACAAGGAGUUUAGAUUGGCCCAAAUUUGUGGCUUGAAUUUGAUAAUUGAUGCUGAAGAGUUGCCAGAGUUGGUGAAGACUUACGAGUUCAAUGGAUACUUUGAUGAGGUAAUAGCCCUUUUUGAAAGCGGUUUGGGCUUAGAAAGAGCUCAUAUGGGUAUGUUCACGGAACUUGCCAUUCUCUACACCAAAUACAAGCCUGAGAAGGUCAUGGAGCACUUGAAAUUGUUCUGGUCCCGUAUCAACAUUCCUAAGGUUUUGACGGCCUGUGAAGCUGCCCAUCUUUACCCUGAAUUGAUCUUCUUGUACUGUCACUACGAAGAAUGGGACAAUGCUGCUUUGACCAUGAUGGACAAGUCUGAAGUUGCCUUUGACCAUUCCUCAUUGAAGGAAAUCAUAGUGAAGGUUUCAAACUUGGAAAUCUACUACAAAGCUAUCAACUUCUACUUGAAGGAGAACCCAACACUUUUGGUUGACUUGAUGUCUGUGUUGAUUCCAAAACUCGAUCUUCCAAGAGUUGUCAGAAUGUUCGUCAAGUCGGACAACUUGCCAUUGAUCAAACCAUUUUUGAUUUCAGUCCUUGAUAAGAACAACUCGAUUGUCAAUGGCGCAUAUCAUGACCUUUUGAUCGAAGAAGAAGAUCACAAGUCUUUACGCUCUGCCAUUGAGUCUCAGACUAGUAACAGGUUUAAUUCCUUGGACUUAGCGGAAAGAUUGGAGAAUCACAGUCUUAUAUUUUUCCGUCAAAUUUCUGCCACAUUAUACACCAAGAAUAAGAAGUUUGCGAAAGCUAUUCAGAUCUUGAAGAAUGACAAAUUGUGGGCCGAUUUGAUCAAGACUGUUGCAAUCUCAAAGUCUACCAAGCUUGCCCACGAGCUUUUGGAUUACUUUGUUGAGACUGGUAACCAUGAGGGCUUCGUUGCUCUCUUAUACAGUGCUUAUGGCUUGAUUGAAUACGAUUAUGUUCUUGAGUUGGCUUGGUUGCACAACUUAAGCGAUUUCAUCAAGCCAUUCGAGAUCUCCAUUACUUACGAGAACCAAAGAAAAUUGAAUGAAGUGCAUGAAGACUUGGAAAAGAGAAAAGCUGCUAACAAGGAUGAUGAAGAGCAGACCACUGGACAACCAUUGAUGAUCACCAACGGUCCAUUGGGGAUGAACAAUACAGGUUUGGGCUACCAGCCUACUGGCGCCGGCUUUGGCAAUGCCUUUUAA